AUCACAAUGAACUUAUUCUCUCUCUGCAAAAAAAAAAAAAAAAAAUUCAAAAUUCGAGUUAAAAAUGAAGGCGGUACCAUGUGGUAACGAGUGAUAUGACUUUUUUUGUCAAAAUAUAUUGAAAAUAGAUUUCAUUUUGUAGAUCACAACAAACUCUUUCAAUCUGUGCACUUUUUUAAACCAAUUUAAAACAAAGAAAAUAAAAACCAAUUAAGAUAUCUAAAAAAAUGUACGAAACCAUUAAUUCUCACUUUUCAAAUCUCAACUACGCCUUUCUCGGCCUUUUGGCUAAGAUCAAGUGUAAUAAAUCUCAACCCUUCUGACUCAACUCAAAACUAAAUAGCCGGAAUUUAAUUACGCCUGGUUAAAGCACCCUAUUUUAAACCUCGAAAACCUCUAGUUCAGCUUCAGUUUUGGAUUUUCGAGUGUCAAAUGAAACAAAGAUAUUGGAUGCGAGCUAGUCCCCGUGUAGCAAUUAAUGUUCUGGAAUGUUCUGAGUACUGAAAAAGCAUAGCUGAGUUAAGGAAACAUGGAGCCCACAGAUCCCCUUGUUGAGGAAGCUUAUACAUGGAAGGGGAAUGCACUUUUUUAGGAGACCACAGCCAAUUCCACAAAUCACAUUUGGUCAUCGUCCUCCUCUCUCCUUCUCCUUCUACUUCUUCACUGUACAGUAACCCUUAACGCGCCUUCCACCCUUCUUCUCAGUCUCACUACUCAGAUUCUCCCAAAAGUUUCCCAUUUUUAACUAAAAUUUCAGUCUCUGAAAAAACUAAACUUCUCGGUGAAGGGACUUACUCAGGAUGGUGAGGGAAGAUGCCUACUAUAAGUACACUUCAUUUUCACCACCACUUCUCUCAACUCAAUCACUUGUGGGAAGAACAACAAGAAAGACAAAAACAGAGCGAAAAAACAGAGCAAAAAUUGAAGGCAAAUGUGGAGUAGUGCAGGGUAUUAUGGUGGUGACGAGGAGGAGGAGAUGGUUGGAUACAGGUUUCACCCAUCCGAAGAACAGCUGGUGAAUCACUAUCUGAAGCUGAAGAUGCAGGGCCGCGAUCACGAAGUUCGCCGCAUUGCUGAAGUCAAUGUCAGCAAGUUCGAACCUUGGGAGCUACCAGGGCAAGCGUGUACAGAGGUGGACACGGACGAGUCGGUUUGGUAUUUCUUGGCUGCUCCGGAUUACAAGUACGCCAACAGCAAGCGAGCUAACCGGACGACCAAGGCCGGUUACUGGAAGCCCACCGGCAAGGAAAGGAUGGUUCGGGCUGAAAGCACCGGCGAGGAGAUUGGCACGAAAAGGACUUUGGUUUUCUAUAAAGGUCGAGUCCCGAAAGGGGUGAAGACACAUUGGAUCAUGCACGAGUACAAGUCCUUCUUCAACUUCCCCAACCAGCGUGAUUUUCUUCUGUACAAGCUAAUGGAAAACAGUGAUGAUGAUGGUGAUGGUGGUGAUGAAAUGCAAGCAAAUCUGGAAGGAGGAGGAGGAGGACAAGCAAGUUCAGUGAUGUCCUGUAAUUAUGACAAUCCGAGUCCGUACGAGAAUUAUGCUGCUGUCAACUUUCAGAACAAUGAACCCAGAGAAGACUCUCAGAUACAAGCAUAUCUGGAUUCCUUUACAGGGUAUGAUGAAAGCAGUUACAACCUUAACUCUGCAAUGCAGCCAUGGAUGUAUAACACAGGGGAUACCUCUUCUUCUAGUUAUGAUCCUUACCCUGGAUAUGGAUGAUAUUCAACCAAGCUCAUGCUCGUCAAAUCUUCAAAGUUAACCAACCUUAGGAGUCCUGUAAUGUUUGUACUCUGCUGGAAUACCAGCUGUGUUACUAUUUGUGUAUUGUAUUUUGUCAGUGUGUAAAACAUCUUGCCUGGCUGCUUGAAACCAGAGAUUAUUGUAUAAUGCUGUCACUCAUCACUAGUCUUUGUUUUGUUUCUUUUGCUUAGGUUCCAACGUGAUGUAAUCUACUUCUUGUAAUCGUGAUUUUCAUAUUGCAAUAUAAGCACAUCACCUUGUAAAAAAAAUCUAGUGGCCAUGAACAUUUGUUUGACACCUAUACUUGUGACGAUCAUUUAGCACAUUUCAAGUGUCACGAUUGUCGAAUUUACUUUUGGCCAAAAGGACACUUUUGCUGAAAUAAAGGGAACCUCCCGCA